GUUUCGAUCGCUUUAUCUUCGGCUUUGGUCUGAAAAUCAGAACUUUCUUACCCUUCUGCAUGUCCUAGAGAAAGUGACAGGGAGAGGGAGUGUGGGAGAAAGAGAAAGCUUAAGGAGGUAGCCAUUUGCGUCCUUUUCUUGGAGCUUAAGCACUGUAAAUUUAAGCUUCACAUAGCUGUGGUUUUGAUCAGCUCCUGUAAAAGUACCUUCGGCAGCGACGCCGUAAGUUCCCGCCGUUGAAGAACCCUAAUUCUCUUAGCUUAGAUCAGACUCGGAGCACCAAGUGAACCUCCUCCUUCAUUCCUCGUCCUUCCGGGCCUUUCAUCUUUUGCAGGUGAUGUUCUGAAGGAUGCCAGAAUAAAUUCCCUUAGAAUUUUCAUUUUGGGGUUUACAUGUGAUGCUAUUUUUGAAUUAAAUCAAGCAUACCUACUCGUGUAAUUUUGGGUAUGAGGUGUUUCGAGCCAUGAUGAUGUUAUAUAUGGGCUAAACCACUUUCAGAAAAAAAGAGGAGUGGCCUGGUAUAACUUGGUGGCUGGCUUUUUAAUGCCUGGUAACGGAGUUGAAGAUAGGAUCCACAAGUUAUAUGGGCCAGAUAACUCUUCCCUAGAUCAGCACCAAUUUCAAGCUGUCGAGGAUAGUUGGCCUGGCUUUAACUGCAAUCCAUGGGUUGGGAAAUGGAGGCAGAUUGGGGUAGCUCCAAGUUGUGAUGUAAAAAGCUUCAACCAUAAAAAAUUAGAUUCUGUGAAAAGGCAUGGUGGUGAAUCUUUGAGCGCGACCUUUAACCGAAACCGUGAGUAUUCCAACAUUUACUCCAGAAGCCAACAGUUGAGUUCAAAUGAAGAUAUGCAUGGAUGCCACAAAUUCCAGGCAAGGCAAAGACAGUCAGAGGUUUUGGGUGAAAAUACAGUUUAUGAUCCACAGGCUAUAACUUCAAGAUGUCUUUCCUUCCUUAUUCCACAGCAGGAAAAUGUUUCUGGGGAUAGUCCCACCCUAACAACGAAUUCGGAAAGGUCAGAAAUUACCGAAGCUUCCGUCGACUUGGAAUUAGUUGGAGGGAAACAGCAGCUUGUUAAGGGCCAACAACUACAUACUCCACACACUCACCUAAUGCAGUCUGGGUACAAUGAAAUGCAGUUGCUGCAGCAGCACGUUGUGUUCAAGCAGCUACAAGAACUUCAGAGGCAGCAACAACUUCAGCACUUUGGUGAUUCUAGGCAGCAGAAUUCUGCAAUGACUAAACAGGCUGCUGGGGCUCAGAUUUCACCUGUCAUCAAUGGAACUCCUGUUAAUGAUGCAUCACACAUGCUUAUGAACUGGAUGCAGCAAGGUCCCUCUCCCACUGUGCAAGGCGUAUCUAGCAGAGUUGAAGUUUCACAAGAUCAAGGUCAGGCUUUGCAUUCCAUGGGUCUCGCUUCUCAGCAGCUUGAUGUAUCCUUAUACGGCACUCCUAUUGCUAGUGCAAGAGGAGGUAUGAAUGAAUAUUCCCAUCUUUACGGGAUGUCUCAUGAUUCUACAAAUUUGUUGACUAAGGUUAGUGUUCAGGCACAGAAGCCUAUUAUGCAAUCAUCAAGCUUCAGUAACCCCCUUGUAGGUGAUCAGGUUACUGUUUCUUCAGAGCAGGUUUGCUUUCCCCAAGAAGGUUUCAUAUCCAAACAAAGACUUCAGGGAAACAAUAUGUUUGGACAGAUUCCUGUUCAGGGGUUGAAUAGUACUGUUGUUUCGAGCAAUCUCCAACUGGGGAGUACUCUGCAAAAGAAUGCAUCCCCAACGGAAUUUAAUGGGAGGCCAGAGCGAGCUGGUUGGUCUGGAACCUUGCAGCAGAAAAAUAUUCGGCUUGGCCCUUCUCAGGGUUUGUUUCCUCUAGAUCCAAUGGAAGAGAAGAUUUUGUACAAUCUGGAUGAUAACAUAUGGGACACUUCUUUUGGCGGGCACAUUGACAUGGGCACUGGAGGCUUUGGAAUUACAAUGGACCCAACAGACCAUUCGAGUGCAUUUCCUGCUAUUCAAAGUGGAAGCUGGAGUGCUCUUAUGCAAUCUGCAGUCGCAGAAGCUUCUAGUAGUGAUACUGGGCUACAGGAAGAGUGGAGUGGCUUAAGUUUUCAGAACUCAGAACUCUCAACUGAUAAUCAGCCUUCAAAUGCUAUGGAUAGUGAAAAGCAACAAUCAAGUUGGCUUGAUGGCAACCUACUGAGAACUACCUCCUUAAGUUCAAGACAUUUUCCUGUGUUUAAUGAGUCUAGUGUGAGCUCUAGCUUCCCUGGAUUUCAUCAACCAGGCGUCCAGUUCUCAAUUGAGCAGAGAGAUACACUGCCCCAGGAUGAUUCUCAUGAAUCAAUUCGGAAGUCUCCCAAAAACAGUGGUGAGUGGAUUGAUUGUGGCCAUAAACAAAAACCAUCCAUUGAAGGACGUCGACCAGUACAACCACUUGUGUCAUUGGACAGUGCAUGGAGUGGUCAGAUUUUUGAGCACCCAGAAAGCAAUUCCCAUCAGCAAAGAAUGGCCUCAAUUAACAAUUUUAGCCAACCAUGCAGUGAACUAAAAGGUGAUAUCAAUGAAGCUACAUACCAGGGGAGGAGUUUUGAUGAUUGUCUGCGGGAGAGCAAUAAUAAUUCUGUUGCAAGUUAUUUUUCUAGACCAGCUAGAGGAUUGGAGCCUGUACACUCUGGCAUGGAUGGUACUCUGCGCAGCAGAGAAAAUUCACAAAUAUUUAACUUUGCCGCUGUGCCAAAUUCAAGCCCUUCCAAGGCCUUUCAAGAAACCGGUCAACAUAAUCAAGCUGAUUAUGUUAAGAGUGCUGAUAUAUCUAGGAACAAGGAAAAUCAGAGCAUGGAUAAAAACCAGCAUCAGAUGAGUAAUGGUUCUUAUGGUUUGCAUAACUAUCUUGAGAAAGGAGGUGGAACAGAUGGGAUGCUGCAGAAAUGCUACCAAAACGACAACUCUUAUGACGAUUAUGGCUUGAAAGGAUUUAGUGGGCAAGAGCAAGAACAUGGACAUUUAACGGAUUAUCAAGGAAACUCAAAAGUGUCAGAGAUAGCUUCUAGAGGUGACUUUGAUCCAUCUAUGACCUUUCGCAGAUCCGUUCAUCCCCAUUUUGAAAAAGUUACCGCUCCAAGUGAAAAUAUGCUUGAGCUUCUUCAUAAGGUUGACCAAUCUGAGGAGAACAGCAGUAUACCUCAUUUUGGCUCUAGAGCCUGUGAUUCAUUGGUGUCUGAGACAGAGACUUCUGAUAGAUCUGUUGCUCAUUUGUAUAAUCAGUCAGCUGCUUGUCAAGGUUUCGCCAUGAAACUGGCUCCUGCAUCUCAACAGCUGUCCAAUAUGAACCCUUUCAUCUCAUCACAGGAUAUGCCAGAAGUAGAAUGUAAUCUAGGUUUCAGGCAAGCCAAUUCUGAGAUAGAGAAGAGCCAGACCUGGUUAGCUUACCCAUCUGUUCAGUCGUGUUCGUCAUUGCAUGAAUCAUCUCAAAGAUCACAUUGGGAUAAUAAAUUAAGAAUUUCAGGACAGACAAGCAUCCCCUCGUCUUUAUAUAUGCCUGGGGUUGCAGCUUUUACCUCGAGUCCUCCAUAUAUAAGAAAUCAGCUUCAAAUGCAGGACAUGCCAAAUGCACCUCUGGCAUGUUCAUCUUCACAGUCAACAUUGGCUGGUACAGUUAGCAGAUACCCAUCAUUUGACCUUGCUCCCUCUCAGCGUCCUGUUAUGUCAGGCAUGCAUCAGCAGGGUUCAUUUUCAGAGAGACUGCACAACAUAUGGACAAAUGUACCAGUUCAGCAACGUCCUUCUGUUGUAGAAUCUCUUAAGGUUCCGGCUAUAGAUCCGUCAACAAAUUGCUGGGAAACUUCACUGGUGUCACUGGGGAUAAAUGACCAAAAUCCUGAGAAAGUUGGAUAUGGAUCAUCAGAAUUUGGCACGUCUCCAAGGAAUUCACAAGGAUUUGAACAUGGGGCUAGUCAGCAAGAGGGAGGGAGAUCUCAGAUGCUAAAAUCAUCUGAGAUACAUGAUGCUUCACAGACUCAUAGUUUGCCUAGAAAUAUCUCUGAUGCAGAUGCUUUUGCCUCUGGCUCAUUGUUGGCUCAUUCACACCAGCUGGACCUCGAUAGAAUACAGCAUGAAGACAACAAUGUUCCUUCUCCCUCUGAAAGAAUUAUUGGAACCAUCGGUCAUUCUCUAAAACUAUCACAUGUUUCUCAUCCAAAUUACUCCCUACUGCCCCAAGUGCAGGUAAUGAAGAAUGUGGAUACUGAUCCAAGUAGGAGAGUUUCAGAUGUUGAGCAUGUGGCUGCCACUGAUGCACCACAGCUAACAUAUGAAGAGAAUUCGAAGUUCAGAAACCAAUUGGAUACUGGAUUGAUGUCAGCAUCCCCAUCCAACACAUCACCAUCUGGGGACACUAAAAUGCAAAGUUUCUUGACAGAAGGAAGAGAAAACUUUGGCAUAAAAGCUUCAUCACAGCCUGCUCUUCUAGAUAGGCCUCAAGUGAUGGUCACGACUGGUCAAAAUGAUUUUUUGAGUCAAUCUAUUACCAGUAACGUGGUAUCAAAUCAGGCUGGGCAUCCCCAAAUUAAUUUGUGCAUGUCACCCUCAUUGUUUAAACAGUAUGAGGCUUUCAGACAUGUGCAGAUGCCACUGUUAUAUGAUGGAAGACAUGUAAAGACUGCUGCAGGACAGUUCUCUCUCUGGAAGCCUUCCCAGAAUUUGGAUAUAGUUUCUUCUGGGGGACGAAUAGAUGCUGCUGAUGCUAGUGAAUCUCUUUCAGCCCCUUAUUUGUUGCCUUCGGAUGGUACAAAUCAAUGCAUGGCGAAUGUGAGACCAAAAAAACGGAAAGCUGCAACAUCUGGGCUUCUACCAUGGUGCAAAGAAGUAACACAAGGUUCUCAAAGGGUUCAAAAUAUCAGUGUUGCAGAACAUGACUGGGCAAAAGCCACAAAUCGAUUGAUUGAGAAGGUGGAAGAUGAGGCUGAAUUGGUUGAAGAUCGGCUGUCAAUGUUUCAAUCGAAGAAAAGGCUUAUCAUGACAUCACAGCUUAUGCAGCAAUUGUUUUGCCCUGCACCAAUGUCCAUUCUCUCAGCAAGGGCUGUUUCGCAAUAUGAUACUCUGGCAUACUCUGUUGCCAAAUUAUCACUAGGAGAUGCAUGUAGCCUGACCUCUUGCACAAUUAAUCGUUUUUUGGAUGUACCGCUGAAUAACAACACCUUGAUUUCAGAACAGCUCAAAGCUUUUGAGCCUGUUGAUGACCAGUCCUUUUCAGAAGUUGUAAAAGACUUCAGCAAUAGAGCAAAGAAGUUGGAAAUUGGCUUACUCAGAUUGGACAAGGCAGCAUCCAUUUUAGACGUAAGAGUGGAAUGCCAGGAAAUGGAAAAGUUUUCUGUCAUUAACCGCUUUGCUAAAUUCCACAUCCGGCAAGCAGAUUCCUCUGGAAACUCUUCUUCUUCCAGUACUGUUACCCCUGCACCAAAACCCAAUCCCCAGAGAUAUGUCAUUGCACAUCCAAUACCUAGGAAUCUACCGGAGGGGUUACAAUGCCUUUCACUGUGAUUAUCAAAUUGAACAAUGCCCUUCCCAAUUGAACCGUUAUACAUUCCUUGUCCCGUCCAUAUCCCACAAAUGAUCUCUUUCAUCUGCGUAUAUGCUGACACAUUGAAAGAAGAGCAUUUCUUGAUGGUAUGCAAAGCAACUCAACCACAAGUAACAAGGUAGCUUGUUCAAUCUUGAACUGAGGUUGAUUGUUAUCAUUUUUGAGAGAGUACAUAGUAUUUCCUGUAAAUUUUGAUGGAUUUCCAAGGAGAAUAGGUAGCGCCCCAAGUGGUCUUUUCAUAUAAUAGCAAGAGGAUCGUUGCUAUGGAUGUUUCUCUAGUCUCAAGUUACAUAUAUAAUAAAUAAGUUAUAGGAAUAUCGGUUUAGCUAUGGUUUUGGUGUUUUCCUCCUUUUUCCCGUAUUGUUUUCCCCUUUUCAGAUUGGAUCUACUCUGAAUAGUUGGCUUCUCGAAGAUAGAUAGUCAAUAAAAUAUGUGGAGAGGUGUACCUGGUUGUAAUAUUUUA